AUGGGCACUGCUCUAUCUUCCUCUUCUUUCCCCAAAAAUCAUCCCACUGCAAAGUUAAUACUGGACGAUGGUGCGCUUCGAGAAUAUGAACAUCCAGUGAAGGUAGCUCAAGUUUUAAACAAAAGGGAAAGGGAAGCCUUCUUCAUCUGCCUCUCUGACUCCAUCAAUUUUGACGAGUGUUCAGCUCCUCUUCCUGCACACCACGAAUUGCAGCUGGAUCGCCUCUAUUUUCUCCUUCCACUGACAAAAUUGAAAUACCCUUUACUGCCUUCUGAGAUGGUAGCCAUGGACUUAAAAGCAGCUGAGGCCUUGCAAUCAAAACAGAACAAGCACAACAGUCGCAAAAAACGCCGAGGUCCUAAAGUGGUGGAGCAGGAAAUGGAUGAACGCCAAAUUCAGAAAUCAGAUUGUUAUCAUUUUAAUGAAUUUACAAUUUCGGCCGUGGAGUCGAAGCGCACAACAUCGACAGGGAUUAAGUUCUUCCGCAACAAGCAUAACCAGUCAUGGACAACUAAACUUGCCCCAAUACCCGAGACCUUCGCUUAUUGA